GGUGACAUUCUUCCUUUAGAGACGGUGUAAGGCAGGGGACGUUUUUCGUGCUCCACAAUUUAUUCUUUUUUUUCUGAUUGAUCUUUUACAUAUAAAAAUUAAAGUUGCAUAAAUUGCAUGACAGGAAAAGAACAAAAUAGACAGAUGAAAAAUUAAACUGUACAAAUAACAUUCACAAUACGUAGAAUAUUUCAGUCGCUUAUAUAAAUGUUAAACUUGACAAAAUAAUCUCAAGAUGCAUUUCAUCAAGUAUUUCUUCGUAGUUUUGAUUUAUCUUUGGAAUAUUUUUCUGUGGGCGGAUGCCAAUGCGAUGCUUAAACCUACCCAUCGCGGGAUGAUGUGGACACGAGGCAGUUAUAAUUCCGCAGGAUAUAAUUACAUGGGAAUUAACUGCGGAGGAAUUGGAAACGUUAAAAAGAACGAUGGGAAAUGUGGUUUAUGUGGAGACUCUUACACUGGUCCCCGGCAUCACGAAACUGGCGGGAAAUAUGCUACAGGCGCAAUUGCUGACGUUAGCGACAGAGGACAGAGAAAUAUAUAUGUUAAGGUUCUACUGAACUCUAACCAAGGAGGUUAUUUUGAAUUCAAGCUCUGCGCAUCUAAUGGGACGGCAGAAACACAGGCAUGCUUCGACAAACAUUGGCUAAAAAUAAGUGAAGGUCGUCUCCAAGGCGACGAGUAUACGUACUAUGUGCAUCGAGCUGGGAUUAUACCUUUAACUAUUGAGAUACCCGACGGAGUUUAUUGUGACAAAUGUGUGUUGCAGUGGACAUAUGUUACAGGCAACACAUUUGGUCGCGACGAACACGGUGUUGGCUGUCUUGGAUGUGGGCAUCAAGAAACCUAUGUUAAUUGUGCAGAUAUAACGAUCAAAGGCUGGGAGAUACCUAUCACCCCGCCGCCCCCUACCACACCUAUACCAACUACAAUGAUAUGGACAACCUCAACAGCCGCUCCAACAACAACAACAACAACAACAACAACACCUGUCCCUACCACACAGGCACCCACAACACGUGCACCCUCGACAACUGUUUCUAGAAUAAACCAAAUAACGAAAGUACGGAAGAUCAAAACCACACAGCUUGCAAACCGAUACGCUACAAAACAAAGAAGACCCGUGACAGAUUUCGAUGAGGGUUCAAGGCACCGAUACGCCCGGUAUCCCAGUGCCUAUGCGUCGGUUCCAGCUCCGGUUCCAGCACCUGCUCAAAAAUCACCAUCCGUUGUUCCAGCAAGUGUUGUCCGAUCAAAGUCCGUAAAUAUAGCUCAGAAUCAGCUAAAAGCUGCUGUUAAAUCCCCAACUGUUGUCGUUAAAGCUCCAGACAAAGUAAAGAAUAAAAAUGUGGUCAGUCUUCCGAAGAAAAGUGAGAGUCAUAAACCAGCUAAUCGAGCGAAAAAGCGAAGUGGGCCUUUUAAAAUUCCUCGUCCUCCUAGAUUGUCUAACGAACAGAUAGACGCUCUGAACAACAACAAAAAUAUUGUUCCUCAUCAUGAUCCAUUACAAAAAUAUGUAAAGGUAGGUUCAAGUAGAAUUAUUGCAGCUGUUGACUUUACAACACUGCGCGCGCAACAAGUUCAGACACCACCUACAAUAUAUAAGGGGGGUAACUCCGAGAAAAUAUCUAAGACUUCAGCUGUUACAACACCUGUAAAGGGCAUACCUUCCGGGGGACAGAAAACUAAUUCGGUGGAUAUGUUCAGCAGUUUCGGAAAUGAAAUGAUGGGUUCUCCUAUAAACUCUAGAAAGAUAAAUUCUGGCACUGAUUUGAUGAAUGAAUACAGCGUGUUACCUGGCAAUACCCCUAAAGGGUCACAACAAAGACAAACAAAUGUUCAAAAUCGGAAUAAUCAAAACAAUAUGGGCAGCCUUUUAAAUGAAUUUACUGACGGAAAUACGAAUAUCGACGGCACCAGAGCAAUUCCUAAAACGUUUGGUAUUGCAGAACCUACCACAAAGGGACCACAAGGAAACCGUUACUUUUCUUUUGACAGGUACAAAUCAUUGACAGCAAUACCAAAACAAUCUCCUCUACUGCAAGAUAAUAAUAUAGUGAGAACUCCUACUAGUAAACCACUACAACUGAAACAAACACAAUCACAGAGUUCUGGUUUGCCUAAGUCCUCAAUGUACAGUGGACAUCAGCAGCUUUCGCAGAAUUCAUUUAUGUACAACGGGAAACAACAGACAUAUUCUCCAGCACAUCCUAAUAUUAACCUCGUACCAGAAACUGAUAUGUUUGGAAGUAGUGUUUCACAAAAUUCAUUUGGAUAUAAUAUGCCUAAUCAAAAUUCCUUAAACGUAGGUUCAGUAUCUCGGUAUGGUCAGUUGCCAAACAAAGGCCUUAGUAAUACCUACCCAUCAUCUCAAAAUAUGAAUCAGGUCAGUGGAGCGCAUAUAGAUAAAAAUCAAAAUUCUUACAAACAAAUCAAUCAACAAAAUCAACAUUUGAACGCCAUGCGUGCGAAUACCGAAAUUCGAACUAGACCAACAAAAACAACUAAACUACCAGUAAUAGAUACGUCAACACAUCGGGUCAAGAACAAACAAUUGUCUGAGAACAGUGCACCAUGGCGCAAGCUGGCUUUGAAUCCUAGUUCUAAUAUGAACAAUGCUAACUUGCAGGAUACUCCUGUCAAUUUAUUCAAAAACAAAGAACGAAGUUCAUUCAAGGCCCCUGUUGUGUUCGAGAGAUUCACAAAUUACAAGGUUGGCGGCGGUCGCAAGAAACCCAGUGUCGUGCCAAAAGAUUUAAUAAAAGCAAAUCAAUUUUGGCAGCAAGAAAAUGUUUUAUUACAGAAUACAGGGAUUUCAAAUGAGAGUUUUCAUCUAAAUACUGAUAUACAUUCUCCACAGAACUAUUUCGGCCAAGACCACUAUAUAGCACAUGAUGUAGAGAUCAGUAAUCCAGCUUUUGGUGGACCAGAAACACAAGAUGUUCAGUCACAACUUGCACUUAAUCUUGGUCAACAUGAAAUCCCACAGGCAGAAGGCGGUCCACAGUCAUAUGAUAAUAUGCAUUUAAAUGCUGCACUACAUUCGCCCAAAAACUAUUUUCCCCAGAAAACAGCAAAUGUUGAUCGAACUAUGCCGAGAAGUCACGAUAGAAGUAUUCCCGAACAACAACAUAUAGGUAUUCAUAACGAUCUUAAUAUCGAAAAAUUAUUUGUAAAAGCAAGUGCUACUAAAAUACCCACGACAAUAAAACAAGCUCCAACAACUUCACUGUCGACAACAACAAAACCAGCGACCGCACAUACAACCGACGCACUAGAUUAUCAAAUGCAGGAGCUGAAAAAACUGCGGGAAAAAAUGGAACGCCUUCAAAAACUGAUAGAAAUGAGAAAGGGUGGUUUUCGAUCAGAAAGCUCUACAAUUAAUAGUCCUACACAAAGCUUCAAAGAUAAACACUCCCAACAAGGAAAGAGUGUCUCACAAGCAACAAUUGAUGUGCCCCGCUCCUUUAAUAAACAAUUUAUUUAUACAAACCAACAGAAUAUCAACAGUAACACAAACCAGAAAUCACAACAAAAUGUACAAAACACCAAUUUUCAGCGAAACAACCAUUAUAUGCCAAUUGCUAAUGGGAAGUUAGAGAGCAAUGAGAUGACUGUGAGAAAACCUUCCACUGUUCCUCCUGGUAUGAGCAAGGAAACUACCAAAUAUAUAAAUCAUUUUAAGACCCAAAUGCUGCAGUCAAUAAAAAAGGCAAACACACAGAAGAAGCAACAAUUGUCGCCUACACCUGCAAGUACUCUACGUAACAAGAAAAAUGAUAUAUACAAUAUAAAACCGUACAAUAUGGAGAAAACAACUUACGUUACACCAAGUAUACGCGCAAAUGUCCAAAGGUCAGAACCCAGUACAGUAGAUUCACAAAGUCAACCACAAAUGCAGAGGGUACAUCGAAAGCAAAAAAGUAUGCAGACAAACACUGCGGCGACGGUGUCACCGGACCAAGAUAGGAGAGAAAAGUACAGAAGGCUCUUGGAGCUACUUAUUGAGCGAAGAAAACAGAAACAGUUGGCUGCCAAACAAGAGCAACAAAACAAAUUCACUGAAAAGCAACAACACUCUUCGCAGCAAUAUAAUACAAACAAACAAAAGAAUAUUCAAUACAUAAAAACACAACAACAGCAGAAACAAAUGUCAAAUAACUAUGACUCUCAGAAUCGUUAUCAACAAUCCUUUCAGCAGAAACCUAUAAUGGCUGAAAUACAGACACAGUCAGUCAAAAAGCAAAGGAUUGUGCAAGACAAACAGACGACAAGUAUUCGUCCAGUAGAAACCAUUCAAGCACCGAAUACCGCAGCAUCGAUUUCCAAUGUGCAAAAGAAACACAAAAGUGUUUAUGCAAGCCACUACAAACCAAAUGCGGUUAAAACGACUAUAGAUAAACUUGCUGACAGACUUGCAGCUGGAAUGACAGAAAAACUAAGUUCAGCAGGACAUAAUUUUCACGUUUUACCUUUAUCAAGCGAUUCUGUAAUGUCAGCGUUACGAGAUAUUGCAGCAAAUGUUUUAAAGAGCCAAAAUGAUCAGUCUCACUUACCACAAUCAGCGAAUAGUAAAACUGAUAUCUCUGUAGGACAAAAACAACAACCUUUCGAAAAACCACUUUUAAGUGAAAUGCAGGUGACAAAACGUUUUCAAAAACAAAAGACAAGAAAUGCGAACGAUUUGACGACGACUGAGGUCAACAGAAACGGUCCAGUAACGACUGCAGCUAAACAUACAACAACAAAAACAGCACAAAGACACAUGCAGAGUGGGCGUAACUCGUACAAGUCAAUGGAUAAGUUAGCUAGACGACAAGAACUAAUCAGAAAGAUGAAGGAAAUGAUGCUUAGAAGAAGGCAAAAAUUGAAAAUGAAUACAAAAACAAAAACUGAUCACAUACCAGCAUACAUGCCGAAAGUUAAACCGCCCCAUUCUGGACAACGUGAUAUGGUCAAUAAUGCAAAACUGCAGUCUCGUGGCGACAUAUCAGUACACAAUAUUGCUCAGGCCAAUAAUAUCAAACAAGUUUACAAAUAUAACGAUCCAUCAACGACGACCAAAAAUUAUUCACCAUCAGCUUCGUAUAAUAACUUACAACAAACAUCACAACAUACUGCAGGCAAAAGUAGUUCACAGAUACCCGCGACCUCAAGUGCUUCCUCUGAGUCGAUAUACUCAAAUAACAAACCAACUGUUGAUACUAAAUCUAAACUGCGAUUGACACCUGAUAUUGCAAGAGCGAUGUUAUCAAGAGUUAGAAACAUGCUAGCAAGGAAAAACAGCCAAACCGGGGGAUCAAAAGAGGUAUCACCGAAAAGCGUUCAAGGUAUGUCAACAAAAGAUGUGUUAGUGAUGCCUUUGAAAAGAGAAACAUUAUAUAAACUUUUACAUUCGAUGAGGAAACAAAAAGUGAGUACUGGUAGAUGACGAUCAGUUUAAAGAUCUACAAUAUUUGCGCCUUUCAUGGAGUAUCAAGUAAGCAAGUGCUCAGAAUUACGUAUAAAAGUAUAAUGAAAAACGUGCAUAAAAGAGACUCACACUCAUAUAUUUAUAUAUAUACAUAUAUAUAUACACACACUAUUUUUGCCGUUAGAUACCCGGUUUCUCUUUAGAAGAAGUUCAUCAUAUAUUAUCAUCACAACCCAUUAUGUGAUAAUCGUAAAAUGACGCGAGGAAGCAACCAUUUUACAUGCUGCUGGUACUUUUUGUUUAUUUCGCGGAUGUUUCGAUAUUAAUGAUCCGAAUGCCAGUGUCGAUGACAGAUGUUAUUAAAUGUGUGUUGAAAUUUUAAGAUGCAGAAUAAGACAGUCGAACCGCGAAUUCUUAUUUUGUCUCAAUGCCGCUGACCAAAGCGGCAAUGUGUGUUUGAGAGCGAAUGUCAUGCACACUUUGCGAGGAACUACAAUUUAGAAAAGACUGUUCCUAUCAUGUUUAUAUCAAAAAUUGGGACUGACAGUGUGCCCGGUUAAUUUCUUUCAUUGUUUUAGAACAUUAAAAGGGGAGAUUAAUGUGAUUAUAACUAUUAUGCAAUCCAUUUAAUUUUUGCAAGUUGAAGUUUCAAGGAUAUUUAAUAAUUUAUAUAAUCUUAUAUGUAUGUUUGUGUGUAGAAUGUAUUUAAUGUUGGAAUUCUUACAUGUAGUGAUAACUCGAUGAUUAGAAUGACCAGCUACAUAUGUCAUACUGGUUUUGGACCGUGUUUGAUAUCUUUCAAUGAUGGUAUGUUAAUUGUUGUUAAUACUGUCGAAAGAACAGAAGCGGACAAAAUGCAGAAUUGAACAAUAAGAAACUAAACAAGCCUAAGAAACAUUAUGUAAUACAUGUAUAAAUUCCAUUCAGCGAAUGUCUGGUUUAUCUUUUUAUUUUGUUUCAUGUUUAAUGACAUGCACAUCAGUUGUAUUUCUUUAUAUAAAAUAUCAUGUUGUUUAAAACAGUUGUUGUUAAAACUUCUUGAAGAUUUUAAUUGUGAAUAAUGGCAAACUAGGGUAUGACAAUGUCUUGUCGUGUCUAGAAGAAAUGUGUUAUUAUGUGGCGCAGACUGCCUUCGCACCUGAAAAAAUGUGUUAUUACGUGGCGCAGGCUGCCUUCGCACCGGGUGAACUGUGUUAUUAUUUGUUGGAAAUUGCCUACACACCGGCGGGAGGAAUGUACUAUCUUGAGAUGGAACCAGCCUGUGCACCGCCUUAAAUAUGUUAAAUAAAUAUUUUGAAAUUAA